CAACCUACAUCGUCGGCGCACUGUCGUCUCCAGCGUUCACCUUUCCAUUCGUUAUCUCUCGGUCUCCCUCCGCCGGCUGCUCUAGCAAAUUGCCAAUCCUCACCGCAUCAUUACCGCAAUGCCGCUCACACCCGGUCACAAAGGCAGCGCCAACUUGGUGUCAGGCUCCUCGCCCAACAUCAUGGCAACCCAAGAGCAGAAAUCCAGGAAAUCCGAGCAUUCCAAGCUCGCCCCUCCGCUGCCCUCCAAGAUCUCGGCAACAAAGUCGCUCAGCCACUCCAACUUUCUCGAUCCACAGAGCCCGCUGCAGCCUGGAGGUAGUUCGCCCAGCAACAGCCGGCUCGGCACCGACAGGAGCAGCCCGAAUCUCAGCAAAAAGUCACCAGCCGUCUCGCAGGCUUUUCUAUCCCGUCGACUCAAGGCCGAUCAAGUCACUUCAUGCGAAGACAUUAUUAUCGUCACCCGGUUCCACACCUGCACCAACACGCGCCUCUACCUGGCGGGAUUGGUAUCUGAAGUCGGAAUGGAUAUGGGCGAGACCAAAACGCCGGCGCUCCUGACGGUCAAGGUCAUGCGCAAGCGGGAUGCCAAGCACCGCCAGCUCGAGAAGGCCUUUGCGACCGAGCGGGACAUUCUCCGCGAGCUGAACCAUCCGUUUGUCAUUCAGUUUGUCGGCAGCUUCCAGGACCCAAAGAAUCUGUACAUCGUCAUGGAAUACGCGGGACUUUCGCUGCGCCAGUUCAUGCGGCAGGCUCGGAAAAUCCUCGAAGAUCAAGCGCGGUUCUACAUUGCAGAAAUCAUCAUGGCCCUCGAAUACGUCCAUUCCAAGGGCAUUGUGUACUGCGAUCUUCGGCCCGAAACAGUCCUGAUUACAGCGACAGGUCACAUCACGCUGUGCUCGUUCAGUAAAGCCCGGCGAAUGUCCAGCAACUCAAUAGUCCAGUGGAGCAAUUCCAACUUGCCAGAGAGCUCAGGAUAUGUGCCGCCAGAGCUGAUCAGCCAUGGAGUCUUCAAUCAGACCUACGACUGGUGGGGUGUGGGCAUCGUCCUCUACGAGCUGCUUGCCGGCGAUCUGCCCUUUGGCAAGUGCGACAACCCUCAGCUGUACAUGAAGUCGAUUCAGUCGGGGCCAUCCCCGAAUGCCCUUGCCGAUUCGUCGGCCGCUGCCAGGGACUUGCUCAAGCGGCUGCUCACUCCGACCCCCCGGGAUCGCAUCGGCUCCUGGCACGACGCAACCGACAUCAAGUGUCACGUUUGGUUCCAUUCGAUCGCUCGCUGGAGUGCCGUGAACGAGCUCCACCUGACCCCGCCACUCAUACCCAGUAUGAACGAGCGCAACGAGACGACCCAGACCCAGAAAGCGCUCGACGACCCAUGGGGCAGACUCAAGAAGGUUGACGAUGACGAGGAAGAGUGGGAGAGGGUCGGCGGGCCGCUGGACGAGACGUUUGAGUGUUUCAAUUUCUAACCAAAGCCGCUGUCUGGACCUUUGGGGUCACUGCUUGGACUGCCAAGCUGCACGGCGAGCCGUCGAGCCCCAAGACAGGCCACACAUAGGACAAUACGGC